CCCCGGGAGUCACCAAAAAAGCCCACAUUGUCCGCCCAGCAGCCACACUCGUCCAAAUCGCCAAAGUCGACCAACUCCAUCCAACAGGUGACUCCCGUAAAAGCCUCCACCGCAAAGACGCCUGUAGUAGUCCGUCGAGCGAUGGAGGGAAACGCAGCUGUCACAAAGGUUCCCUUUAACUCCUUAAACGAACUCUCCAAAGCCUCGCCAAAAUCAGCUAUUGCCGCCCAGAAAUCGACUGCUGAUCUUCAAACGGAGGCGACCCAUCCUUCAUCUGGCGGCCCACCAAAGACGUUAUCCAAAACUCGAUCAGGGGCCCACCCCUUGAACGUAUCCACGGCUCAAAAACCAAAGAACGAUGCAUCCUUGGCCUCGCAUCCGUCAACCGCCACAGAGCCAGCUGCAUUGCCACCGAAGGGAAGGCAACCGGCAAUUACACCGGCAGCCAAUCUGGAACACUUAGGCCGGAUCAUCGAUUCCGUGGUUGCGGGGCUAGACGACUACAGCGCUUCCCAAUAUACCCCCAACGACUAUGUCAUCGAGCCCCCGCGCGCCUCGGUUACCGAACUCAGUUUUAGAGAUUUUGAGAAGUUAGAAGUGGCUAUGAAGCAUGAAAAGGAGAGGAGGUCCAGCAAGAGGCCACCACCACCGUCAGUGGAUGUUGACGAGGCUGGUGACUCCUCACCUGACGACAUUUUUUCUCAGAACCAAGAAGAGCCAGCUCGAAGAAAAAAGAAAUCAAAAGUCGGGCGUUCCUCUGACUUUGAAGAGGAGUUUCCGUCUGUGGCCGCGGUAAAAACCGAGGCUUCGACAAUUGAAUGGGCGUUCGAAGUGCCAAAAGGUACUCCGCAGGCAGAAUUUUCUGCUGAAAUGAACCACAACGCACAUACCAUCUAUCUUAACAGCUGGGACAGCUGGGGCAACAACCAUCAAUGUCACCCAGACUGCCUGACUGCUCGCACGCACAGAACUACUGCCGCAGGACUCCCGACAGCCAACGGCAGUCCCAAAAACUUUUCAGGCUUAAACAUACUCGACAGCGCGGAAAAGCUGCCGGCGCAGGCAUUGUGA